CCGCUCCUCCGUCGCGCCACCACUCUGCUCUGCAUGCCACCGCCGCCUCACGACCACCCGAGGCCGCUGCAGCGCGGGCCACGCAACCAGCGGCACCAGCCCGGCCAGCCGAGCCUGACGGUGUGCAGACAGAGAAGGUCUCGGCAGCGCCGCUGGCCCAGCCGGCUGCUGCGGCAGCCCCCGCAGCCGCUGCGCCCCUGGAGCAUGCCGAGGAGGACCUUGCUGCCCCGGCGCUGCCUGCCGCGCCAGCAGCCCACCUAGCCUUGCCGGCUGGAGGCGGCAGCACCGGCGUGGGAGGGCUGGCGGCGCGCCUUGAGUCCCUGAAGCGUGAAAGCGUGCGGCCCUCGCUGGUGGGCGCCGGCGCGCAGGGCGUGCAGUUUGAGGCGGCGGGCCAGAUCGAUGCGCAGGCGCUGACCCGGCUGGCCAUGCAGCUGUUUGAGGACGACCAGUUCAAGCAGCUGUGCGAGAAGGGCAUGAAUGCGCAGCUGACGCGCAGCAAGGACGGCGCCACAGCCGAGACCAAGAUCCAGGAGCUGGCGGGCAUAGUGAAGCUGCUGCGCCGCGGCAUGGGCCUCAUGCAGACCAAGGCCGGCGAGUUCAUUGCGGCGGCCUGCAAGUUUGAGAAGGAGGUUGGGCAGCAGGUGGAGUCUGUGAAGCUGUCCAGCGAGAGCGAUAAGCGGGGGAUGCAGGUGGAGCUGGCCAACUCGCGUAAAGAGGCGGCGGCAGCUGCCGCUCAGCUCAAGCACGCGCUGGCCAACUGGCAGGGCGAGCUGGACAUGCAGAAAGGGGAGACCAACCGGCUGAAGCGGGAGAUGGAGCGGGUGGAGGGCGAGCGGGAGCGGCUGCGCGAGGAGGCGCGCAAGCUGGAGGCCAGCAAGCAGUCGCUGGAGGCUGAGCUCAAGGAGAUGCGCAAGGCGGCCAAGGAGGAGCUGAGCGGGCUGAAGCUGGAGCAGAACUGUGCGCGGCAGGCGGCGUACGAGAUCCGCGAGGCCGCGGAGCGCAGGCAGCAGCAGCUAUCCGAGGCGCUGGCGGCGGCUGAGGCGCGGCUGGAGGAGGUGGAGGAGCAGGCUGGCGCGGCGGCGCGAGCGGCAGAGGCGGCGCAGCGCGCGGCCGGCAAACUGGAGAAGCAGCUGGGGGAGCUGCAGGCGGAGCAUAGGGAGCUGGGGGAGCAGCACCAGCAGCUGCAAGAGGAGCACGCCUCCAAGCAGCGCGACCACGACAAAGUGGUGGCGGACAGCGCGAUGAUGCUGGGCGACCUGCAGAGCUGGCAGGAGCGGGCAGAGGCGCUGCUGGCGGAGCUGGAGCGGGAGCGCCAGGCGCACGCCGCCACCCAGGCCAACUAUGCGGCGGCGGUGGCGGGGCAGUCCAGCCUGGAGGAGCAGCAGGCGGCGCAGAAGGCGGCCGCCGAGGCGCUCCGGGCGGCCGCGCAGCAGCGGGAGGAGGUGCUGCUGGCGGAGAAGGCGCAGGUCAAGGCAGCGCUGGCGGCGGCGAGCGCGGAGCGAGAUGAGCUUCAAGCCAUGGUGCAGCAGGCGGCGGCGGAGAUGCAGGCGGUGCAGCAGAAGGCAGAGCAGGGCAGCUCGCAGCAGGCCAGCCUCAAGGCGGAGGUGGCGCGCCUGGCGGCCCAGGUGGCGGACCUGAGCGCGGAGCUGGAGCAGGAGCAGGCGGCACGGUCGGCUGCGGUGCGUGAGGCCAAGGAGAAGGCGGACAGGCUGGAGCGGCUGGAGAGCGAGCUGGAGGCGCUGCAGGAGUGCACCAUCGGGCUGGGGGCGGGUGACCAGAAGGAGAUGCUGACGCGCAUGCUGGGCAAGAUUGCGGCGCUGGAGGCGGCGGUGGCGGCGGCGGAGGCGCGGCGCCGCGAGUGCCACAACCAGCUGGUGGAGCUCAAGGGCAACAUCCGCGUGUUCUGCCGCAUACGCCCCAACCCGCGGUCGGCGGUGCAGUGCCUGCCCGACGGCCUCAGCGUGCGGCUGGCGGGGCCCGACGGCAAGGAGCAUUCCUUUGGCUACGACAGGGUGUUCAGGCCGGAGGCCUCGCAGGCCGCCGUGUUUGAGGAGGUCAGCGACCUGGUGCAGAGCGCGCUGGACGGAUUCAAGGUCUGCCUGUUCAGCUACGGGCAGACGGGGGCGGGCAAGACCCACACCAUGCAGGGCAGCAGGUCGUACGAGGGGCAGGGCAUCAUACCGCGCGCCAUCUCCAAGAUCCUGGAAUCUGUGGGGAAGCUGCGGGACCAGGGGUGGGAGUACCGGCUGGAGGCCUCCUUCAUCGAGGUGUACAACGAGCAGCUGCGAGACCUGCUGGCAGACACGGCGCCGGGCAGGCGGGAGGCCGGCAAGAUACAGGAGAACAACGCCAUCCAGCACCAGGCCAACGGCGGGCACACGGUGGUGCUGGGCGCGCAGCGGCUGGCGAUUGAGAGCAAGGCGGAUGCAGAGGCGAUCACGCGCAAGGCGGCGGCGGUGCGGGCGGUGGAGGCCACAGCCAUGAACGCAGUCUCCUCGCGCAGCCACUCGGUCUUCAUGCUGUACAUCACGGGGCGGCACGAGGCCAGCAGCACGGUGCUGCAGGGCAGCCUCAACCUGGUGGACCUGGCGGGCAGCGAGCGGCUGGCGCGCAGCCAUGCGGAGGGUCAGCGCGCCAAGGAGGCGUGCAACAUCAACAAGAGCCUGUCCAGCCUGGGCGACGUGUUCCAGGCGCUGGCCACCCGCAGCCCCCACAUACCCUACCGCAACUCCAAGCUCACACACCUGCUGCAGCCCUGCCUGGGGGGCAGCGGCAAGACGCUCAUGUUUGUCAACGUCAACCCAGAGCCGGAGUCGGUGCAGGAGUCACUAUGCUCCCUGCGCUUUGCCGCCAAGGUCAACCAGUGCGAGACGGCGGCCAAGGGCGGCGCCCAGCGCCACGUCACCACCGCAGAGUGGGGCGGCGCGGGGAUGCUGGUGAGGCGGGGCGCAGCACGCUCUCCGCCAGAAACUCCUCCUGCCGGUCCUCGUAGUUGGACAGCGCGGCGUACUGCAGGUCGAAGAAGUCGGUCCCCCUCCCACGUCUCAAUCAGCUUCUCCAGCGGGGUCUUGGUGCGGUCGCGGAACACAAACAGCAGCACGGUGCGGCGGCGGCUGGGCGCCGGCUGCAGCCGGAGAGGCGCGGGCACGCGGGAGCCGAGGGGUGCAGGCGCCGCCAUGCUGCUCCUCUUCGAGUCCAGCGCAGGGUUCGCGCUGUUCAAGGUGCUGGACGAGGGCAAGCUGCGGGAGGCGGAAACCAAGGAUGUGUGGUCUGACUUCGAGACUCCCGAGGCCGCCAAGAAGGUGGUGAAGCUCAAGGCGUUCAGCAAGUUUGAGAACACGACCGAGGCGCUGCAGGCGGCUGCCUCGCUGGUGGACAGCAAGAUCAGCAAGGGGCUGAAGAAGUUUCUGAAGAAGCACGCCGAGGGCGACACGCUGGCUGUGCUGGACGCCAAGCUGGGCAACGUGAUCAAGGAGAAGCUGGGCAUCAACUGCCUGUACUCGUCAGGAGUGAUGGAGCUGACGCGCGGCAUCCGCAACCAGCUGACCAACCUGGUGGGCGGGCUCAGCGCUCAAGACCUGCGCCCCAUGUCGCUGGGCCUCUCCCACUCCCUCUCCCGCUACAAGCUCAAGUUCUCGCCGGACAAGGUGGACACCAUGAUUGUGCAGGCCAUUGGCCUGUUGGAUGAUCUGGACAAGGAGCUCAACACGUAUGCCAUGCGCGUGCGCGAGUGGUACGGCUGGCACUUCCCCGAGAUGACCAAGAUUGUGGCAGACAACAUCGCCUAUGCAAAGACGGUCAAGCUGAUGGGCACCCGCGACCAGGCCGCGGGCAUUGACUUCUCCGACUUUUUGGAGGAGGAGGCGGAGGGGCAGCUCAAGGAGGCCGCCGGGGUGUCCAUGGGCACCGAGGUCAUCGCGCUGAGCGAGUACCGCGGCCAGCUGUACGACUACCUCAAGAGCCGCAUGGCGGCGGUGGCCCCCAACCUGACGGUGCUGGUGGGGGAGCUGGUGGGCGCGCGCCUCAUCGCCCACGUCGGCUCCCUCAUCAACCUGGCCAAGGCCCCCGCCUCCACCAUCCAGAUCCUGGGCGCGGAGAAGGCGCUGUUCAGGGCUCUGAAGACCAAGCACGAGACGCCCAAGUACGGCCUCAUCUACCACGCCUCCCUCAUCGGCCAGGCGGCGCCCAAGUUCAAGGGCAAGAUCUCGCGCGUGCUGGCGGCCAAGUGCGCGCUGGGGGUGCGCGUGGACGCGCUGGGGGAUGUGAGCGACGAGGGCGCGGUGGGCAUCGCGUCGCGCGCCAAGGUGGGUUGGGGGAGCGGCCCGGGGCGCGGAAGGACAAGGAGGCGGCGGCAGCGGCAGAGGAGCCGCCGGCGGCGGCAGCAGCAGCAGCAGAUGGCGUCGAGGAGAAGAAGAAGAAGGUGA